CGGCUUCCGGGCAGAGCGGCAUCGGGCCGGACCGGAUAUUGAAUAAUAUAAUACUUUUAAGAAAAAAUGGAUGAAGAACCUGAAAGAACUAAGCGAUGGGAAGGAGGCUAUGAAAGAACAUGGGAGAUUCUUAAAGAAGAUGAGUCAGGAUCACUGAAAGCUACAAUAGAAGACAUUCUCUUCAAAGCAAAGAGAAAAAGAGUAUUUGAGCACCAUGGACAAGUUCGACUUGGAAUGAUGCGCCAUCUUUAUGUGGUAGUAGAUGGGUCAAGAACAAUGGAAGACCAAGAUUUAAAGCCGAAUAGACUGACAUGUACUUUAAAGAUUGGAAUUAUUGUGACAAAGAGUAAAAGAGCUGAAAAACUGACAGAACUCUCAGGAAACCCUAGAAAACACAUAACAACUUUGAAGAAAGCUGUAGAUAUGACCUGCCAUGGGGAGCCAUCUCUUUAUAACUCCUUAAACAUGGCUAUGCAAACUCUAAAACACAUGCCUGGGCAUACAAGUAGGGAAGUCCUAAUCAUCUUUAGCAGCCUCACAACUUGUGAUCCAUCUAAUAUCUAUGAUCUAAUCAAGACCCUAAAGACAGCUAAAAUUAGAGUGUCUGUUAUUGGAUUGUCUGCAGAAGUUCGGGUUUGCACUGUACUUGCUCGUGAAACUGGUGGCACAUACCAUGUUAUUUUAGAUGAAAGCCAUUACAAAGAAUUGCUAACACAUCAUGUUAGUCCUCCUCCUGCUAGCUCAAGUUCUGAGUGCUCACUGAUUCGUAUGGGAUUUCCUCAGCAUACCAUUGCUUCUCUGUCUGAUCAAGAUGCAAAGCCCUCUUUCAGCAUGGCGCAUUUGGAUAGCACUACUGAGCCAGGACUUACAUUAGGAGGCUAUUUCUGCCCACAAUGUCGGGCAAAGUAUUGUGAGCUUCCUGUUGAAUGUAAAAUCUGUGGUCUUACUUUGGUGUCUGCUCCCCAUUUGGCACGGUCUUACCAUCAUUUAUUUCCUUUGGAUGCUUUUCAAGAAGUUCCCCUAGAAGAAGAUAAUGGCAAAAGAUUUUGUUUUGCACUGUGUGCCAAAAUGUUUUCUGUAUGGACUGUGAUGUUUUUGUUCAUGACUCUCUCCACUGUUGUCCUGGCUGUAUUCAUACUAUUCCAACUCCUUCAGGUAUUUGAUUCCAGCAUAUAG